CAUAAUCGAUACGUGGCCAUUAAUGGGUUCACCAGGACCAAUAUUUUUCAUAAUAUCGAUAUAUUUAAUUUUCGUAAUCAAAAUUGGCCCGAAAAUAAUGGAAAAUCGUCCUGCAUUUGAAUUAAAAAACUUGUUGAUAAUUUACAACGCUAUAUUAGUCGUAUUUAAUUUAUGGUUAGCUUCUUUGGCUACAAAAAUUGAUCUAUCAGCUUUAAUUCAUUCGAACGGAUGCAAAUUGCAAUAUCAUCGAUUGUCUAAGGACGGAUCUUUAGAAACAACGUUAUCGGAAGCUGCCUGGUGGUAUUUCUUCGCUAAGAUUAUCGAACUUGUAGAUACGGUAUUCUUCAUUUUACGAAAAAAACAGAACCAAUUGACUUUCCUACAUAUUUAUCAUCAUAGCGUCACAGCACUUUUCUCGUGGUGUUAUCUCAAACUAAUUCCAGGUGAACAAGGUAUUAUCGUAGGCAUACUCAAUUCUACAGUUCAUAUCAUAAUGUAUUCGUAUUAUUUAAUAUCUGCAUUGGGCCCAAAAUAUAAAAAAUAUCUAUGGUGGAAGAAAUAUAUGACCGUGGUACAAUUGAUUCAAUUUAUCAUUAUGAUGAUUUAUCUUCUAUUCACAUUGGUGAUGGACUGUGGUGUCCCAAAAAUCUUAACAUAUUGCUUUAUGAUUCACGUAGUGAUUUUUAUUUACCUAUUCAGUAAUUUUUACAGGAAAGCUUAUAUAAGACAGAAAAAAAUUGUCAAAUAAUUCGUCAAAAGAAAAUGAAUAGGCUAAUAUACUAAUAUUAAUAUUGAAUAAUAAAUAUUGAAAAUUAAUUAACGGUAGAUUGAAUUAAUCAAGAUUAAAACAAUGACAAUUCGAAUUUCUCGAAUAAUUUGAUUCGACUUAAUGCACACAAUACAAUAAGAAAACUCUACUCCUAUAUAAAAUGAUUUAUAAUUCAUGUCAAUGAUUACGAAUUGUCUUUCAAUUCGCGUGUACGAAAAAAAAUUAUCAAAUAUUAUUUAUCGAUUGUGUCUGACGUGCCGAACAAUUUCUUUUUUUUUUUUAUUAUUAUUUUUUGUUUUUAUUUAUCGAUUUAUAUUUUGGAUCAUAUAUAUUCUUUGAUCGUUAACAUUAAUACUGUACUUCUACAAACAGACAGCAGUGUAUAUAUUUAUGCAAUAAUGUAUAUUAAAUAGUAUUGUUGAAAAGAAUUCAAAUACUGAAUAAUUAAUGAGAAAUAAAUAAAUACCUCCUAUGUGUAACGUUAGCAUAUUGAGUCUGGCAUGUGGAUAAUGUAAUUCACGUUAAAUAAUUUUAUAAAUGAUAGUCUCUCUUGUAGUCUUGAUUUAGUAAAAAUAUUAACAAUUAACAAACAAUAAUCUUGUCAUAUACUAAGAAACAAAUAGUAAAAUAAAGUAUCUUGUAUUAAUUAAUGUGAGUUUGAAAUAUUGUUAAUUGUAAAUAAAAUUUUAAAUAUGGCGCCACUCUUUCGA